AAGGAGGUGAUCAAGUGGUUGGAUGCUGGGGUUGUGUACCCCAUCUCUGAUAGCUCUUGGACUUCGCCGGUACAAUGUGUACCGAAGAAGGGUGGCAUGACCGAGAUUACAAAUUCCAAAAAUGAGUUGAUUCCUACAAGAACCGUCACCGGUUGGAGGGUAUGCAUGGAUUACCGCAAGUUGAAUAAAGUGACCCGCAAGGAUCACUUUCCUUUGCCUUUCCUUGACCAAAUGUUAUACCGGCUUGCUGGGCGUGCCUUCUACUGCUUCUUGGAUGGGUAUUCUGGGUACAACCAAAUCUUGAUUGCUCCGAAAGAUCAGGAGAAGACCACAUUCACUUGUCCAUAUGGCAUUUUUUCCUUCUCUAGUUUGCCUUUUGGAUUGUGUAAUGCACCAACUACAUUUCAGCGGUCUAUGAUGGCCAUUUUCACUGAUAUGGUGGAAGACAUUUUGGAGGUGUUCAUGGAUGACUUUAGAGUUGUGGGGGAUUCAUUUGAUGAGUGCUUGAAGAAUCUUGAUAGGGUGUUGGCCCGUUGUGAAGAAACCAAUCCUGUCCUCAAUUGGGCGAAAUGCCACUUUAUGGUGGAAGAAGGAAUAGUUCUUGGACAUAAAAUUUCGAAGCAUGGCAUUGAAGUGGAUAAAGCAAAGAUAGAUGUGAUUUCAAGGCUCCCUCUCCCUACAUCCAUCAAGGGAGUUCGAAGUUUUCUUGGGCAUGCGGGGUUCUACCGGAGAUUUAUCGAAGACUUUUCG